ACGGAGCUGUCCUGUGUGUGCGGCGCCUCCUCCUCUCUCCUGCUUGCUCCGGGCAGUUGUUUCAUGUGCUGCCUCGUAACAAGUUCAGCGGCUGAGAGUCAUGGUGCCUUAGAGGGAAGGGCAGGAGUGAAGCAGAGGACCGGCCUGCGCCUUCCUCCCUGGUGACUGCGCUGCCCCACUGACCAGCAUGGCACCCCGGAGUCUGUCCGAGCAGCCUGAAGCGGACCCCUCCCUGCCCCCGGACUCCUCCUCCAUACAGCACUCGGGGUGCAGUUGUCACAAGAGUUGCGGCAGCUGCCGGCUUUUCUUCGGCUUCUUUGCCCUGUCCCUGUCAUUGCACGUAGUCACUAUCUGCUGCUAUCUGGAGCUGCGCUCGGAGAUGCGCCGGGAGAUGGGAGCGGGGAGGUUCGCACGGGGCUCCGGCCCAGGGACGAACGACGACGAGGGGGACUUCUUCCAGCACAGGAGGACGGCGGUGCGGCUCUCUGACCUGCAGCAUCUGGCGGCUGGAGACCGGCGCCAGAUGGCCCUAUUAAAUCAUUUGAGUAGUGAAGACAGAUCACAUCUGGAAGAAGGCAUCAGGCUUUUACGAAGGACAAGGCGGAACAAAGGCAGCGAAGGCUCUGAGAAUCCAAGCUCAGGCAGAAACAAGAAAAAAGCAAAAAAAGUUGGGCCUCCAGGUCCAUCAGGACCUCCUGGCCCUGCAGGUCCUCAAGGGCCGCCAGGACCUCCCGGACCACCCGGAAUCCCAGGCAUUCCAGGUAUACCAGGAUCAAAUGCUAUGGGCCCUCCUGGGCCCCCUGGGCCCCCAGGACCUCAAGGACCACCUGGAAACCAAGGGCCUUCUGGAUCUGGAGACAGGACCACUUCUAGAGAUAUACAGCCAGCUGCAGUUCACUUACAUGGUCAGGACUCAGCAAUACAAGUAAAAAAUGAUCUUUCAGGUGGAAUUCUCCAUGACUGGUCCCGGAUUACCAUUAACCAGAAGGUGUUCAGGCUGCACACACGGAGUGGAGAACUGGAGGUGCUUGUGGAUGGUACCUACCUCAUCUAUAGUCAGGUAGAAGUUUACUAUAUCAACUUUACAGAUAUUGCAAGUUAUGCUGUGAUGAUUGAUGAGAAGCCAUUUCUGCAAUGUACACGAAGCAUAGAACCUGGUAAAACCAACUUCAAUACCUGCUACACUGCUGGAGUUUGCCUCCUAAAAGCCAAACAGAAGAUUGCAGUAAAGAUGGUUCAUGCAGACAUCUCCAUCAACAUGAGUAAACAUACGACGUUCUUCGGAGCCAUACGUCUAGGGGAAUUCCCAGGCUCAUAAAUUUUUUAGAAAGCAAAAAACUUUUAAGGAUCACAAAGUGUUACUAGCCCACUUGACUUAACAGAAGUCACAGUUUUUGUUUUUUUGCAAUGAAAAUCUGUGAUUGGUUGGGUGUAGUGGAGGACAUGAAGAAUUAAGUGGUUGUUUUAUGCUGAGAAUGGCACUGGAUAUUGCAUUCCUCAGAAGAAUAUGGACAAUUUUGCAAGUGUGGACCAUGUUGCCAGUACUGUUGGGAUUCUUGUUGCACUAGCUGGCCACUUCCCAUGCAAGGGAUCAUCAACGCUGGUGGACAAUUUUGAUAAAAAGAAAUACAAACUAUUUCUCCUGCAUUAUGUCUUAAUAAAUAAUAUAUACACAACAAAA